AGACGACUGCUAAAACUAGUGAAAGGAGAAUACCAGUGCUAAAGGGGGCGGGAAAUCAAGGAACUGAAAGGCGGACCCAUUUUAGAUUUGAGCGCCAGACAACUACGGCCCAGGUGGGGGAAUUUAUCCGACCGGAAAUAAGGGCCGCCCCACAAGAUGUGAAAAGCGGAAGUUAAGUUUGCCCCGCAGUGAGUCCGUCCGGAAUGGGAUCCGGGGAGAGGGAGGGAGUGUUGCUCCGUACUGUGUCCGGAAGGAAACGUUAACAGCGGGGAGGGGUUCUUCGCCGGGCGAGAACGACAGCGAAAGAGUCCAAAAUGAGCGUGCGGUUGACGAGAAGCGCCAACUCCCGACCCAAGGACUUGAAAGGAUCCUCCAGAGUGAAGAGUUAUGCUGGAAUAGUAGUGACAUCCCGUUCUCCAAUAAAGAACCAGCGAAAAAGAAACUAUGAUUCUGAUUAUGGAAUUAAUGCAGGAGCGCGAGAACCUCCAAAGAAAUCUCCUAAAGCUACUGUACCAGGACGUGGAUCAGGUUCAGAAGUACCAGAAUCUCAUAAGAAAUCCCAUAAAGGCAGGGGCUCUGCUCAGAGACAGUCCCAAGAAAAUCCUGUAAAAGAGGAUCUGGAGUUACACUCUAGUACAGAACCAGAAGAGAUGGACUAUUCUUCUGAGACCAACCAAGCAUCUCCAGAUGGGAACCAAUCUGAAGAUACAGUGUUGCCUCAGAAUUCUGCAGAUGAAGAUAUGGAUUCAGACUCUGAGGUGGAAGUUGACUGGUUGCAAGAUACCACAACAGUGUCAACACUUCAAACAUUUUCUGAGCCAUUUCCUUCAACUGGCAAUACGCAACAAAUACCUGACAGACAGACGUCACUAUAUUCGCGCCAAGCCCAAGAUAAGCCCAGAUCUCCUGCAUCUUGUCAUACAGUUGGCCCUCACCAAGCACAAUCUACCAGGUGGAGAGCAGCAGCUGACCUUCAAGCCACAAACUACAGGGAAUGCCAGAACUAUACUGAUGCACAACAUAGUGCACUAUCUACCAGGUUGAGACCAAUAGCUGAUACUUACCAGCCCACCAACUACAGGAAACCACAUUACCACACAGAUUCAGUACGAACUUCACAGUUCAUUAGGCCAAGUGCAGACGAAACCAAGUCCUUCUUCUGGCAAGUUGUAUUUCCACUAAUAGGAUUGGUUGUGGUCUUGAGCAUCUGUGUAUUUUAUCUUUGGGCAUGCAAAAAGCCUGAUCACCACCUAAUGCUGAGAUCGGAGCUCUUCCUAGCCAAGUGGAAGGAGAUGAAGACCAAGUUUCCAAAUCAGCAAGACGAAUUGUGGUUACGGAGCAGUAUUCUGUUGAAGAAACAUGUGGGCGAGGAAAUUCCCACUCAGCCUGUUAUUCUCAUGUUUACUGCUGCACAGGAUGCAAAGAGAACCAUGCAAUGCCUCACUCGCAGGAUAGCUGAGGUGUACGCAUCUGCUUUCGAUUCAAGUGUACUAGAAAUCAAUGGAUCGGAUCAGAAAUCACUGGAUAGCGAUGCGCUGAAGCUGAAACUUGACAACCAACUGACAGCCGGGUUCACGGAAGGGAGGAAGGCUGCUGUAAUACAUCACUUCCAGGAUCUCCCACCCUCUUCUACCUUUCUGUUCUACAAGUACUGUGAUCAUGAAAAUGCUGCAUUCAAGGAUGUCUCCAUUUUGAUCACAGUCUUACUGGAUGAGCCAAAGUUGAAGCUGGACUUGUCCCUCAAAAAUGUGGAGGAGAUGGUCCAUGACUUUGUCACGAAGAAAUUCUGCUCCGAUAAACUGCAUAUGGAUACUGAUAAACUGAGUGGGCUAUGGAGCCGCGUUUCCCAUGUGGUGCUCCCAGUCAGUCCGGAGAGAGAGAUUGAAACUGGAGACUGCCCUCCAUGAAGUUAUCUGAAUGGUAUGCCCUGGAUAGAGUUUAAAAUUACAAAUGAAAUAUUGAUGUUCAUUGUACUUUAUAUGUGAAAGGCCACCUGUUACUGGAAUCUCAAUCUAGUGAAAGUUUUUGACUGCUUGUUAAAAUAAUUGUUCAAAUUACUUACUGUGGAAUAUAUAUUUUUAAGCGUCUGGUUGAGUAUUUUUCUGAACCUAAAUGUGAUGCUUUCUGGGCUAGGGAAGCUCAAAGCAGUUUUUAAAACAAGCCUAUCUUCUUUGCUAUUAAAAGUUUGUACAAUUUUUAAUUUUUUUUCUCCACUGAGAUACUGUGCGCUUUGGAAUAUUUGUCUUAUCUGCAAGACCCUUUCUCUCACCAAAGGAGGGAGCUGGAAAAUGGUCUGUGCAAGGAUCCUAUGUUUGUGCAGAACAUCACUUCACGAUCUCCACUUGCUGUUGCUGGGAACUGCCACUUCAAGCCCAAGAGUAAAGACUUAGCAUUGUUGGACUGGCCAUUUUGCUUGGUCACUGAUGUAUACUCAUCCACUGGCAGAGGAACACUAUAUGGGUCAAAGCCAAGAUCUCCUCAAUCUGCUUAUCCUUUAGCCUGCAGUGAUCUCAAGCUCCAGACUGUGAUUUAGAGAAUGGAAUUCAGAAGUAACUUGGAUACUGGAAACAGUGUGUUCAAGUCCACCCAAAACAUUUGGACAUUCUUGGUGAUUUCCAUUUGACAAACCCACAUUCAUAUUUUAAUGUUACAAAGAUUAACUUCCACUCAAAAUAUUAAGGUAAAAUUGGAAUUGUAUUUAUUUCUUAAAUGGUUUUAUAUUGUCUAUUUCACCA